AAGGCAAAACCGUUUUAAAUUUGAAGGUGCAUUCAUCUCUCUGUCUCUCUCCAUGUGUAGCAAAGAGAUCAUUUAAUAAGACGCUCGUUCACUUCACACGAGAAGCUUGUUUCCUUCAUCCGCCAUUAAUUUGUGGUUUCACUAUUGGAUCUGCUGUUCUUCAUUCUUCACUAAAAACUCUUUAAUUAAUCUCUCUUCUCCUUCAUCUUUCUCCUCAUAAUCUGCCAUUCCCUUCAUCCGUUGCCUGAGAACCCUUCGGAGGGAUUAAUAAGAAAAUGCCACAAGAAACAAACUGUGGUUCAAUUUUCACCUCUCCUUGCAAGAACUUGAGAGGAUUAAAGACUUCCGUUUCCAAUAAUGAGGCUUCCUUUUCUGAAGAGAUCAUCAACGAUUAUGAACUGGCUCAAAGAAAAGCUGAAGAAGCAGCUUCAAGGAGGUCUCAAGCAGCAGAAUGGUUAAGGCAGAUGGACCAAGGUGCAUCAGCAACGCUGCCCAAAAAUCCCUCUGAGGAAGAGUUCUGCCUUGCAUUAAGAAAUGGUCUCAUUCUUUGCAAUGUUCUCAACAAAGUCAAUCCUGGUGCUGUCCUCAAGGUGGUGGAAAAUCCAAUACUUGCAGUGCAGUCAACAGAAGGAGCAGCACAGUCUGCAAUUCAGUAUUUUGAAAACAUGAGAAAUUUUUUGGUGGCUGUUAAAGACAUGAAGCUCUUGACUUUUGAAGCAUCAGACUUGGAGAAGGGAGGCUCAUCAAGCAAGGUUGUGGAUUGUAUUCUGUGUCUGAAAGGAUAUUAUGAGUGGAAGCAGGCUGGGGGACUUGGGGUAUGGAGAUAUGGAGGGCUUGUGAAGAUUGUAUCCUUGCCAAAGGAGUCUCCAUCUUCCUUGGUUGGCAGUGAAAGUGCUGAUGAGUCAGUUGAUGGAUCUGAAUGUUCACAAUAUGAACAACUAUUAGAUUUUCUCCAUCUUUCUAAUGAAGUUUCAAUGGAAGAAUCAAAAAUUGCCAAUGCUUUGGCUUUUCUUUUUGAUCACUUUGGACUUGGUCUUCUACAAGCUUACCUUAGAGAGAGCAAUGGGAUUGAAGAGCUGCCUUUGAAUGCAAUGGUGAUAGAUGCUUUACUCAGUAAGGUAGUUAAAGAUUUCUCAGCAUUGCUUGUUUCUCAAGGCACACAGCUUGGCCUAUUUCUGAAGAAAAUACUUAAGGGUGACAUUGGUUUCCUAUCGAAGUCUGAAUUUAUAGAAGCCAUCUCACAAUAUCUUAGACAAAGAACUAAAAUGGUAUCAAGUGAUUUCUCCAAAUUUUGUGUCUGUGGUGGCAAACAAGAAGCUGUUUGUCAUACUGUUAGUCACCCUUUUGUUCAGACAGAGCAAACUGAUCUUCAUCAGAAGCAGCUUGAGGAGCUAAGAAUGUAUUAUAAACUGACAAGACGAGAAGUAAAACAUAUGCAAGCAGAUUGGAAAGAAGAACUCAGUAGGCUUGAGCACCAUAUCAAGGGUCUUGAAGUUGCAUCCACCUGUUACCACCAAGUUUUGGAGGAAAAUCGUCAACUUUACAAUCAAGUCCAAGACCUAAAAGGAACGAUCAGGGUCUAUUGUAGAGUGAGGCCCUUCUUAUCAGCGCAAUCAAAUGUACAGUCAACUGUAGAUUACAUCGGAGAAAAUGGUAAUAUCAUGAUUGUCAAUCCUCUUAAGCAUGGCAAAGAUGCAAGAAGGAUAUUUUCUUUCAACAAAGUGUUUGGAACAAGUGUGACACAAGAGCAAAUAUAUAUUGAUACUCAACCAUUGGUCAGAUCUGUCCUAGAUGGUUAUAAUGUUUGUAUCUUUGCAUAUGGGCAAACUGGAUCAGGGAAGACAUAUACAAUGAGCGGUCCUGAUUUGACCAGUGAGGAAACAUGGGGUGUGAACUACCGAGCUCUUCGCGACUUGUUUCAGAUUACAAAGGCAAGAGCAGAUUUCAUGAAGUAUGAAGUUGGAGUUCAAAUGAUUGAAAUAUAUAAUGAACAAGUGAGAGACCUAUUAGUUAGUGAUGGAUCAAGCAGAAGAUUAGAUAUACGUAACAAUUCUCAAUUAAAUGGACUUAAUGUACCUGAUGCAAGUUGGAUUCCAGUUUCAAGUACUCAAGAUGUCCUUGAUGUGAUGGUGAUUGGUCAGAGAAAUCGCGCAGUCGGUGCAACUGCUCUAAAUGAACGAAGUAGUCGUUCACAUAGUGUUUUGACAGUUCAUGUUCAUGGAAAAGAGUUAGUUUCUGGUUCCAUCCUUAGGGGUUGCCUUCAUUUAGUGGAUUUGGCAGGAAGUGAAAGAGUAGAUAAAUCUGAAGCUGUAGGUGAGAGAUUGAGAGAAGCUCAACAUAUUAAUCGAUCUCUUUCUGCACUUGGAGAUGUGAUCUCUGCUCUUGCACAGAAGAGCGCGCAUGUUCCGUAUAGAAACAGCAAGCUUACACAAGUCUUGCAGGAUUCUUUAGGUGGACAAGCUAAAACAUUGAUGUUUGUGCACAUAAACCCUGAAGUUAAUGCUAUUGGGGAGACAAUUAGCACUCUCAAAUUUGCAGAGAGAGUCGCUUCUAUAGAACUUGGGGCAGCUCGAUCAAACAAAGAAUCUGGCGAAAUUCGAGAACUUAAAGAAGAGAUUUCAAAUCUUAAAGAGAUGUUGGAAAGGAAGGAAGCUGAGCUAGAACAAGUAAAAGUGGGAAAUACUAGAACCACAGCAGAAUCUCAAAGAGCAAGACCUGUUUCUCCAUUCUAUAUGCCAAGAUAUGGUGCAAAUGCCAACUUAAAAACUGAAACUUGCCGACGAGAAAAUGAUGAAGUUAGAAGUUCUGAGCCAAGAAGUUGUUCUUCAGGUAAGCAACGGAGGUCAAGAUUUCCUUCAGCACUCACAGACAAGGAAACUGCAGGGCCAAAGAUUGCUUCUGCAGUUGAAGAGAGUCUAUCAAGCUCUGCAAAGCUGAGGACAUCACCAUCUCCUCCUGUUAGGAGGUCAAUCUCCACAGAUAGAGGAUCUCUCAUUAGGGGCAGGACCAAAGCUGAGAUAUUUGACAAUCAACCAGUUGCAAAAGUACCCUUUCCAGCUAGAGUACCUGUCAGUAAAUCUAUUGUUGCAAUGCCAGUAAUCACAUCAACUGAUAACAGCUCAAAGGUUCCAUAUAUAAGUCCACAAGAAGCAUCUAAGCAGAAUAACAUCUCUGAUACAUUGUUUAACCUCCAAAAGAUUAGCUCCAGGAAAGUAUUCCCAGAACACGAAGAGGAGCAGUUUAGGCAAGCUCUUAAUAUAAGACAAGGUGGCAUUAGAAAAAACAAAAAUGAAAGUAAAGUUAAGGCAAAACAUCAAUUACCUGCAAAGAUUCAGAAGUCCGAUAUGCUUUCUGACAUGGAUGCUAUUGAAAAGAAUGAGGAGCCAAGAAAGAGCGACUUUUCAGAGCCGGAAAAUGAUCAUUUGCUUCCUGAAUCUCCAGUACUGGGUGCUUUGAAGUUGAAGAAGCUUCAAAAGAGCUUCUCAAGGAACUCUCAAAAUCUUGAACCAAGAGGAGUUGUGCAUGCUGUGGAGCCCUUAUUGGCUGGGAAGCUUGAAAACAAGCUUCCAAAUAAUGCAAUUCGGAAUGCCAAGGAAGUUGGCAACACAUCUACUCCUGAAUUCAGGAGGAGUCGAUCUACCCCUAGAGGGAAGUUUUUGAUUUUACCUUGAGAAUUAAUAAUUAUAUAUACACAGCCAUUGAUAUUUUAAAAUUUUGUAUAGUGACUGGUCUUGUUUGCUUUCUGGUUGCAAAGCUCGUUCAGAGGAGUUCGAGGAUGUUAGUAAGGAAACUGCCCUUUUGUGUACACAAAGGGAAAUCUUUCUUGUGAUAUGUGUGUUUAAUUUAUCUGUAUUUCCUAUAGAGCAUUACACAGGAUACUGACAUUUUGUUUCCAUAUUGGAUCUAUGAAAUGCUAUAGCAUUUAUUAUAAGC